UCUCUAUAAAUUCAGGCAUCUGACCUACUCUCUCCAGCUCAAUUACUUUUGAUUUGCUGAAAACGUUUGUCAGCAUGUCGGAAACUGCGCCUGUUGCAGCUCCUGCUGUAUCCGUUCCUGGGGCGAAAACCUCUGCUAAGAAACCGAAGAAAGCAGCAGCUAGUUCUAAAGCCCGCAAGCCUCCAGGUCCCAGCGUGACGGAGCUGAUCACCAAGGCGGUGUCCGCUUCCAAGGAGCGCAAAGGGCUCUCCUUAGCCGCUCUUAAGAAGGCUCUGGCCGCCGGAGGGUACGAUGUGGAGAAGAACAACAGCCGCAUCAAGGUAGGAUUGAAGAGCCUGGUGAGCAAGGGCAUUUUGGUACAGACAAAAGGUACCGGCGCUUCUGGUUCCUUCAAAUUCAACAAGAAACCGGGUGAGAUCAAGGAAAAGGCUCCCAAGAAGAAGUCAGCCGCAAAGCCUAAGAAACCAGCUGCCAAGAAGCCCGCCAGCGCCGCCAAGAAGCCCAAAAAGGCUGCGGCCGUGAAAAAGAGCCCGAAAAAAGUCAAGAAGCCAGCGGCUGCCGCAGUCAAGAAAGCGGUCAAGAGCCCGAAAAAAGUAAAAGUCGCCAAGCCCAAGAAGGCAACUAAGAGCCCGGCUAAGGCGGUGAAACCAAAAGCUGCUAAGCCCAAGCCAACAAAGACCAAAACCGCGAAGGCGAAGAAGGCAGCGUCCAAAAAGUAAAGUGUAAAUUUGAAAAGGAAAUUUCUGACCCAACGGCUCUUUUAAGAGCCACCCCCAAGUUUCAGAAAAAGAGCAAAAUCGCUGUACUCAUCCUAGACACUCGAAAAUUGUGUGGGUGGUUUGAAAGUAUUCUGCGUAUUCGUUUUGUUACAUGGGUCGGGUACAGUGAGUGUUACAAGGAGAAAUAAAUGUUCGUGCUUUCUGGUGUACCCUUA